GCAACUAGCAGUAAGCAGUGACAGAAAGCAAAUAUUUGCGUAUUCCGCAGAUGGCGGAAAAUUCUUCAACGGAGCUGAAAAAGUUUGUGUUUUUUUGUUUGCUGCUGAUACAAGUUGCAGUUUCUGAAAUUAUAUUUGAAGAACGCUUUGAGGAUGGAUGGCGAAGUCGGUGGGUAAAAUCAGACUGGAAAAGCAGUGAGGGCAAAGCAGGUUCUUUCAAACACACAGCUGGGCAAUGGCAUGGUGAUCCUGACGAUAAAGGUAUUCAAACAUCCAGUGAUGCCAAACACUUUGCCAUCUCUGCUAAAAUACCAGAGUUCACCAACAAGAACAGAACAUUGGUCCUCCAGUAUUCUGUAAAAUUUGAACAGGAGAUUGAGUGUGGUGGAGGUUACAUCAAGCUUCUCUCUGGAUUUGUUAAUCAAAAGAAGUUUGGUGGGGAUACACCUUAUAUUUUAAUGUUUGGACCAGAUUUAUGUGGCACUGAUACAAAGAAACUCCACGUGAUACUCUCCUACCACGGUCAAAACUACCCCAUAAAGAAGGACCUGCAGUGUGAAACUGACAAGUUAACUCAUUUCUACACAUUCAUUCUCAGGCCAGAUGCCACAUACAGUGUCCUGGUUGAUAAUAGAGAGAGAGAUUCUGGAAGCAUGUAUACAGAUUGGGAUAUUCUUCCUCCAAGAAAAAUCAAAGAUGUCAAGGCCAAAAAGCCUGCAGACUGGGAAGAAAGAGAAUACAUUGAAGACCCUGAUGAUGUCAAACCUGAGGGAUAUGAUUCAAUCCCAAGAGAAAUUCCUGACCCAAAUGCUAAAGAGCCUGAUAACUGGGAUGAAGAAGCGGAUGGGAAAUGGAAACCACCAAAGAUACCGAAUCCAGCAUACCGAGGACCAUGGAAAAGAAAGAAAAUCAAGAACCCUAACUACAAAGGGAAAUGGAAAACUCCAUGGAUAGAUAAUCCAGAGUUUGAAGAUGACCCAGAUCUUUAUGUGCUUAAGCCUAUCCAGUAUGUGGGCAUUGAAGUAUGGCAGGUUAAAGGCGGUUCAGUUUUUGACAACGUUUUGAUAUGUGAUGAUCCUGAUUAUGCAAAACAAGUUGUUGAGGAAGUGUUUGCCAACAGGGAGAUUGAAAAGGAAGGUUUUGAGGAAGCAGAGAAAGUGAGAAAAGUCAGAGAAGAGGAGGAGGCUCAAAGAGCAAGAGAAGAAGGUGAAAGACGUAGGAAAGAGAGAGGUCAUGAUCGUAGAUACCGGGACAGAUACAGAGACAGAUACAGAAGGCAUCGCCAUUACGACGAUUAUCAUGACGAGCUUUAAUGAGAUGAAACUCCUUCUCACUGUGUGGUUGAUAAGAAUAUUGAGCUUGUUGUGAGUUAUAGUUACAUUGAUAGUGAUGGUAUAUUCCAUCUCAUUUUAAUUUCCAAGGGAAACUUUUUAAAUAAAAAUAUUGUAUUUGUCGCAUAUCCAUGUAUAAUUUUGGUCUUGUCUUCUUUCGCUUGUCAUGCAUUCACUUUAUAUAUUGGGAACCUAAGCCCAUUUUGUCA